AUGCACCCGUGGGCUUGGUGGAUCCUGGGGGCGGUGCUUGUCGCCUCCCUUUUUAUGCUCUGCUCGUUCGCCAUCUACUUCUCCAUCCCCAGCAAGCGUCGCUUCGACGUCCGCGGCAAACAUGCGCUAGUGACCGGUGGUUCCAAGGGUAUCGGAAAGCAGAUGGCGCUCAGCCUUCUUUCUCAGGGUGCAAACGUGACAAUCGUGGCGCGCAAUGAAAAGGAUCUCAAGAAUGCCACCGCGGAAUUGCAAACGUACGCCGACCAGCGCGGCCAGGGGCAAAAGGUUCAAUGGAAGAGCGCGGAUCUUUGCGGAACUUAUGAGCAGAUUGAGGCCAAAGUCCGUAGCGCUGAAUCGGAAUUCGGGCCGGUAGACCUGCUGAUCAACAACGCCGGCCAUUCCGUGCAAGACGCUUUCGAAAAGCUGCCCGUCGGCGAUUUUGAGGCCCAGAUGCGCGUCAACUAUUUGAGCGCCGUCUACAUGACCCGCGCCGUCGUGCCGGCAAUGCAGCAGCGUCGCAGUGGCCACAUCUCGUUCGUCUCCAGCGCGGCUGGGCAGUGCGCGAUUUACGGAUAUUCUGCGUAUUCCCCGACCAAGUUCGCCCUCCGAGGGUUUGCCGAUGCGCUUCACAUGGAGCUGCUGCCCUACAAGAUCUCGAUCAGCGUCCUCUACCCGCCCAACACCGACACUGAGGGCUUCCAGCUGGAGCUGGCCACGAUGCCGCAAGAAACGAAGAUCAUCAGCGAUUCGGCCGGCGUUUUCACCCCAAAGCACGUUGCUGAUGCUCACAUCACCGACAUCAUCGCCGGAGAAACGGCUACAACUAUUGGACUAGACGGCUGGAUGUUGGGCGUGCUGACCGCCGGCGCUUCCCCGGAACACAACCUUUUCCGCGCCAUCACCCAGGGAGCGCUCGCCGGCCUCUUCCGCGCCGUCAUGCUGCUCUACCUCGGCCACUUCAACGCCAUCGUCAAGAAAUGUUAUAAGGGCAGACAAUCGGCCCGA